UGGAAUUAUUAGGAAUUAUUUUCAAAAAUGCAACAUAAUGUGAAUUAUUCGAGCGUCGAAAGCUAUUCAAUUCCACCGACAAUUUAUGUUGAAAUUCCUCAAAGACCACCUCCGAUUAUUAAGAUAACAAAUCCUAACAAGAUGGCAGACAUUUUGAGACCCUCGUCACCAUCCCUUAAUCUUCGAUUGGCUACUGCCGCACGUCAUGCUAAAUGGGAACGAUAUCUUAAUGCUCUUCUUGCUGAUUUGCAAAAUACAGUCUCACCUGAAACUACAACACCUGGCUAUGGUUCUCUCAAUGGAAAGAAAAGUCACUCAUCAACUGCAAUUACUGUUCCAUCAUACAAAGCCUGUGACAAUCGACAAAAUUCCCCUCUUUUAUCUCAAUCGCCAACGUAUCAAAAUCGAGAAGCCAUAGAGGAAGCCAUAAUUAAAUCCGGAAGUGCUCCAUACAAUCAAAGCUCAAGUGGAGGAAAAAUGCCCUCUCUCAAUAAUAAUUUGUCGGAAUUGGAUACUCUUUUGCAAGAUUUGAGCAAUGCUCGUUACAAUACUCAUACUCAAGACAGAGAUAGCAGAGCAUCAAAUGGAGUUACAAUUAGUCCUACACUUCAUUCACCGGGAAAUACUUUAUCACGACCCACUGUCGAUUCCUUAUUAGAAGAAUUAAAUACCGCUGUUAUUCCAAAUGGAGAUUAUUAUCCUUCGGAUGGGAGACUAAAGGUCACAGUUCAAGAAACAACGACAGAAAUUGAACCCACAAAUGGAUUUGGUUCAAUUGGAAGUCCUUUUAUACGUUCAGAUUAUGAACAAAAUUUCACAACCAAUGGACACACGGCAAGUAAUGCCACUAAGGAAUUAGAUGAUCUUAUGGCAUCUCUAUCGGAAUUUAAGAUUCACGGAAAUAAUCAUCAACGUCAAACAGUGACAGAUUCACCAUACGCGAAACCUAACAAAGCAACGAAAAGCUCGUCAAGUCCAUUACCAAACGAUCAGGGAUCGACGAGAAUUCAUAUAAGGGAAACGCAUACACAACAUCUUUAUCAACCGCAAUACGAGGAGAGUCAAAUUGUCACGAGUACGAGUCAAGCGACUCAUAUUAAACAAAAUCAACUUGAUUCUAUGCUAGGAAAUUUACAGGCUGACAUGAGCCGUCAAGGAGUAAAUACCACUCAAAAGGGAUGUUGCAACGCCUGCGAGAAACCAAUCGUCGGGCAGGUGAUCACAGCAUUGGGAAAAACAUGGCAUCCGGAACAUUUUACUUGCACACAUUGCAAUCAGGAACUUGGUACCAGGAACUUUUUUGAAAGAGAAGGACAUCCUUACUGCGAGUCUGAUUAUCAUAAUCUUUUUUCGCCUAGAUGCAAUUAUUGUAACGGUCCCAUUCUCGAUAAAUGUGUGACAGCUUUGGAAAAAACAUGGCACACGGAACACUUUUUUUGCGCCCAAUGUGGAAAACAAUUUGGUGAAGACGGCUUUCAUGAACGAGAUGGAAAACCAUAUUGCCGUGAGGAUUAUUUCGAUAUGUUCGCACCAAAAUGCGGUGGAUGUAAUCGGGCAAUAAUGGAGAAUUAUAUUUCCGCUCUAAACAGCCAAUGGCAUCCCGAUUGUUUCGUUUGCAGGGAUUGUAGACAAAAAUUUCAAGGUGGAUCAUUUUUCGAUCACGAAGGAUUGCCUUAUUGUGAAACUCAUUAUCACGCUAAACGCGGUUCACUUUGUGCCGGAUGUCACAAACCAAUUACAGGUCGUUGUAUAACAGCAAUGUUUCGUAAAUUUCAUCCCGAACAUUUUGUCUGCGCAUUUUGUUUAAAACAAUUAAACAAAGGAACGUUUAAAGAACAAAAUGAUAAGCCCUAUUGUCAUGGUUGUUUUGAAAAACUUUUUGGCUGAAUUCAAUUUUUUUUUGCGAGGGAAAAAAAGAAUUUUUUUUUUUCAAAUAACAGAGUAGUGAUUAAAUAUAACCAUUUAAUCUCUCUAUUAAUACAAAAUAGUCGUUACUAAAGAAAUGCGUCUUUAGUUACACGGUAAAUAAUAUUACCGUGAUGAAAACAAAUUUGAAAAAAUUUUGUUCUCAAACAGAAAUGACUAAACGGUUUUUAUAAUAUAAACCGUUUUUUUUUUUUUUUUUAAUUUGAUCAUUGAAAGAAUUUAUUUUUUACUAAUAAGUGGUUUAUGAAAUUAAUUUUUUUUUUUAAUGAAGAAAUCAUGAAGUUUUCUUCUAUAAUUAGGAGAUAUAUACUAAUUGUGCCUAAUGGACUUUUUAUAAUUACUACUUAAUAGUACCUUUUUUUUUUUUUUUUAUUAGUAAAUUAGAUUUAUACUAUAUACGUGCAAUGUGUGAAUUACGUAAUCUAAAGUAAUUUUUCUGUACAGAUUUUAAUGUAAUUCUUCUUUUUUAACAAAUGUAAAAAAAAAUCGCCUAAUAUUUGAUGACUGAACAUCGAAUCUGUUUUUAAUUCUUUACAAAAUUGACAAACAUAACGAAUUAACGAAAAAUUCGCCUAUCAAAAUCAAUAUUUAAUCUUAUUAUGUCUGUCAUUAUAUAAAUGUUGCUUAUUUGAAAAAAAAAUUGGUAGUUUCUUUCUUUCUUAAUUUAAAAAAAAAAAAAAAAAACAACUCUCUAGACUUGAAAAGAAUUUAUUACUAUUCUCUAUUUAUUUCACAACAAAACAACGUACAAACAAUUCAAUUGAUUCGGGACAUCAAAAAAAAAAAAAUCACAUCAUUAUAUGACGAGUCUACUUAAAGUGAUCUACAAAAAAUUUCACUGUGCAAAAGAGAAAGAAAAAAAAUUGAGAUCUAUUUUUUCUAUUAAAUUGUCUUUAAUUAAAAUACUAACUUGGUAAUUUGCUCUUUUUUUACGCUAAAAAAAAAAGUCAGCGCUAAAUUAGAGCUUAAGAAUCAAUAUAAUGCCACUAUGAAUUCUCGAUAAAAUAAGAAUCCUUUGGUUUGCUCCUUGUUUCAAUUUUUUUUUUCGCCUUUCAAUUGAAAGUGAACAAAAAAAAAGAAAAUGCAUUGGAAAAAAAUUAAUUUGCACGCAGACUUUGAAUAAAGAUGUGAUCCAGGGGGAGUUUUUUCUUUUUUUUUUAAAUUGGCAGCAAAUUAAUAUCACCUUCUUUUUUUUUUUAAUAUCUUUUUAGUGAUUAAAUGUAAUUUAUCGUGGAAUUGGUGGUGCCAUUGGAAGUCCUGAUGUUCCUGCGCUAGAAAUUGCUGCAUUUGG